AUGGAUGAUUUGGCUCAAAGUGGAAGCGAUAUUAUCGGAGAUGUAGUGACAGAUGAACAAGAUGAGAGUAAUGUAGACGGCAUGGGAAAGGAUAAAAAUGAGAGUAUAACAAGUGAUAUUGCGGAGAUUGAAAUAGACGAAUCUAAAUUACAAAUCGAUUUCAACUCAAUGAAACAAAAAAACUUGGAUACCGGCUUUGUUCGAUCCGUGAGAUGUGCUAUUCGAAAUGAUGAAGGUGUUUACCGUGUUUGGGAAUACAUUGAUUCGAAAAGACGUUGGCGAAGUGUGGAUCCAUCAUCUAUUAUAGCAUUAGAAAACGCUUUCGUUAAUGGAUGCGGAAAUGUUAAAAUAUUGUUGUCAGGAACAAAUUUUAUGGCUGAUUUUGACAAUAAUCUAAUCAGAAGUGAUGAUGGAUUGACGGAAUAUAAAAUCCGAUCGCGCGUCUCGAAUGCCGAGCCCUCGAUGUCAGCAAAACCAGUUCCAGGGAUCGAACGUCUUCGAGCAGUAAAACGUAUUGCAGCAAGAACCGAUAUACCUUCAACUGAAAAUGAACGAAAGGUAAUGAGGGAAAAAGAUGGCAAAAAUGAUAUUAAUGGAGAUAAUGAUAACAGUGAGAAAGAAAUUAGUGAAUCAAAAAGAACUCGUAGGAAAGGAAAUAGUACUUCUGAAGGGCAAAAAACAAAUGAUUCGAAUAGCAGUAUUGGUAAAGGCGAGUUUCUGAGGAAUGCAUUAAGCAUCAUCAUUGAUACAAAUAAAAACAAUAGUAUCGAGAAGGGUAGCCGAUUGUUUUGGUUCGCAGCCUUUGUUCAAAUUACACUUUUGAUCAGAAGUAUAUAUGCUUACGUUUUGAUAUUUGCUGAUAGAGUUAUUAUUUCAGAUGAUAGGGGCGAUUUGAAGAAAAUUAUACUAAAGGGCGUUGCAGCUGUGGAUCCUGAAUGUCAUGAAUUGGUCGACACUGUACAUGUUUAUACUGAAUUCAAUGAUGUUUAUGAUGCCUUAUUGAAUCAGACCAGUGCCCAAUACAAUAACAAUAAAUAUUUCAUCAUACAGCUAUUAGAAAGUGAUGUGGAAAAGCGCUAUUGGGUUUGGUUUCGUUGGGGGCGCGUUGGUUAUAAAGGACAAAGCAGUCUGAACCCAUUUGGUACAGAUUUAGCGGGAGCAAAGGAACUAUUCUGUGACAAGUUCAAGAGCAAAACAAGAAAUGAUUGGGCGGAAAGAACCAAUUUUGAGAAAGUAAUUGGCAAAUACGACUACUUGCCUACUGAUUAUUCGAAAGUAAUAGAAGUAAAAAAAAAAGAUGGAAAUGAUACUAAAGAGAAAAAAAAAGUGGAAUCAAAACUGGACUCCUAUCUGCAACACUUAUUAAACAUUAUUUGUGAUAUACGAACAAUGGAAGAAACGAUGACGGAAUUGGAAUAUGAUGCUACUAAAACACCAUUAGGGAAGGUGACGGACGAACAAAUUAAGGCGGGAUAUGCUGCUUUGACAAAAAUUGAAGAGUAUAUUAAGAAAAGGGAUUUUUCGUCGAGUUUUGUGGAAACUGUCAACAGUUAUUACACAAAGAUACCUCACUUUUUUGGGAUGCGACAGCCACCAAUGAUUAAGACAAUUGAGCAGUUGAAAGCUGAAAUUAAAUUGUUGGAGGCUCUGGGCGAAAUUGAAGUGGCUGUGCGGACAUUUAAGAAAGAGGGAAAUAUCAAUGUUCACCCAAUCGAUCGUCAUUACAUAAAUAUGAAAUGCGAAAUAUCACUCCUUAGUGCAAGUGACCCUAAGUAUAAGAUUGUGGAUAAUUAUCUCCAGUGGACACAUGCUCCAACACAUAACAUGUAUCAUAUGCGAAUUUGUAACUUAUAUGCGGUAAAUCGAGAUGGUGAACGAGAACAGUUCAUGUUCGAUGUUGGCAAUAGAAAAUUAUUAUGGCAUGGAUCUCGACUGACAAAUUGGUAUAGUAUCUUAUCUCAAGGAUUGCGAAUUGCUCCAUCAGAAGCUCCUGUGACCGGCUACAUGUUUGGUAAGGGUAUAUAUUUUGCUGAUAUGGCAACAAAAUCUGCUAAUUAUUGCUACCCACAGCAAAAUAAGCCUGGUUUUUUGGUAUUGGCAGAAGUUGCAUUGGGAGAAAUGAACGAAUUACUACAAGCUGACUUCCAUGCCGAUAAACUUCCUGCAGGAAAGAGCAGUACGAAGGGUUUAGAUGAUAUAAUAGAAAAGGUGGGAGAAAACAUGGCUGAUUUUGAUGAUUUUGGUUUAUUAGCACAAAUGGCUCGGCGUGAAUUAAUUCAUUUGUUGGAAUCGAUGCCUGAAGUGAAAGAUUUGGCAGUGGAACCAAGUUUAAUGCGACCAUUGGAUAAAAUUGCAUCGAUGUCUAUGCUACAAGAACAUAACUGUGCUCACGUACAACAAUUUCAACAUCAUUCGAGUCUUACAUGGAGUGAGCAUGCACUACGUCGUGUAUACAUUAUACGUCCAACGUUAGCUACAACAAAGCUUAUUGCUGAGCAUAUUUUAGCCGAACCAGAACGAAACUAUUCAGUGAUAUAUGUUCCACAACGACUAUAUAUUUGUGAACGAGAAUUUGAACGUUGUGGAGUUUUUGGUAUGGUUGAUGUGUUGGAGUUAGAAUUACCACUUAUUAGCAUCGAUGCGCAUUUGUUCAGCUUAGAACAUCAUGAAUUUACAAUAGCAACAUUGGUGGAUCAUACGUUCACUCAUCUUCGUGCAGUUGCAAAAUCACUUUGGCAGUUGCAAACACUUUAUGGAUUGAUACCAAUUGUUUAUGGUGUUGGAGAAAAUAGUGCUCAUGUAAACAAACUGAUGAAGAAAUUGCACACCGAAUUAGGUGAACCACGUUCAUCACCUGAUCAACCUAUUGGUCACUUAUUCCUCUUCGAUCGAAGUCUGGAUUUGGCAACUGUCUUUCUUACUGGUUUAACAUAUGAAUCAAUGGUACAUGAUACUUUCGGGAUAAGUUGUGGUAAGGUAGUAUUUGGUGAGGAAGUAAAUAAGCGUAUGAAAAAUGGUAAUACGAGUCGCUCCAAGAUUACCACUCUGGAUAAUAAUGAUCCUAUUUUUUCUGCUGUACGAAAUAUGCAUAUGACUGCUGUCUUUCCAUUCUUAAGUGCUAAAGCAAAAUCUCUUCAAGCAAGUUACGAUAAAGGUUCUAAUUUGGAGCAAGUAAAAGAUAUGAAGGAAUUUGUAUCCAAUGAAUUACGAACCCUUAAGCAACAACAUAAAUUAUUGGAGUUGCAUAUUUGUGCCUGUGAAGUGGUUCUGGAAAAGUGUAAAGGGAUCUCGGAUCGACUUACACUGGAACAUGCAUUAAUUUCGGGAAAGUUUGAUCCUAACGGAGUGAUGGCUUAUCUGGAAGAUUGUAUGUGUGCCCAACGUGAUCAGUGGCAAAUUCUACUGCUGGCAUGUCUAUGGUCCCUUACUCAAAAUGGGAUUCCAACCAAAUAUUUCACCCAAUUUCGGAAUCAAUAUCUCUAUGCUUUUGGCCAUGAAAAUCUUGCAAUACUACAUUUUCUCGGUAUUCAGGGCCUCUUAAUAGAGCGUUCUACACCGCAAUUACCAACUGUACAUACAGUUAUUCCAAUGAAACCUCAAGCAACAUCAUCAUUUUCUAAGCCAACAUUUCAAUUUUUAGCACGACGUAUGGCUCUACUUCCAGGUGAUGCCGAAUCAACAAUGGAUCUUCGAAAUCCGGAUCAAAUGCGGUAUGUUUUCUCAGGUGUCUAUACACCUGUUCUAUGUAAAAUAGUUGGUGAUACAGUGAACAAUGGAUGGAAUAUGCAGGAAAUGAAGGCAACUUUUGGUGAAUCAGUUUUCUGCGAUCAAAACUCGUAUACUCGCGCAAGUCGGCCACCUGAUAGUCGUAUUCGGAAAGCAAUUUUAGUUUAUUUCAUUGGUGGUGUAACAUAUUCGGAGAUUGCUGCACUAACUCUUCUUGCACAGUACAAUAAUUUACGUAUUAUCAUCGCUACCACAAAUAUCAUUCAUCGUGAAAAAUUCAUUAAAGAAAUGGCUAAUGUUGAUGUUACACCUUUCUGA